GCCGUGUCAGAUGCUUCUUAGAGAUUUAGACCUAGGGUUUUGAUCGAAAGGCGGUCUGUGAUUUGUAAAAUGAUCAGGCGCAGAACAAGGUCUGGCACAGCUCCAACAGGUCUGGCAUCGGUCCCAAGCAAGCCCGGAACCAAACCCAGCAGAACAAAUGAGUCUCAAACUUCCUCUCAAAGAUCUAAAAGUGGUUCGCGUCAGUCACAUGACUUCAUAACCCCGACCUUCACGUGGGACAUUCCCAAAGUCCAUAAGCAGGGCAUCUACAAUGACCUCGGGGUGAAAGAAAUAAACGUAGAGGGCACUGUUGAUGGGCAACAAUUGAUAGCAAACAAGGGAGCAAAUAGCAAAAGAACAAAGAAACAAAUAAAGGAUCCCAAUUCUGCUGAGGUUAAAGGUCACCUAGUCUCGCCCGAUCAGUUCAAGCCCGAGCAGCCUCAUAUCCACAACGGUCAUUCCUGCAGCUGUAAAAAACAACUACAACUUGAAAAACCAUCAGAUCCUUUCUCCUGCCUGUCAGACGAGAUUAUGCUAGGUAUCUUCCAGUGGUUGCCGAUGACGACGCUCGCCCGCUGCGCAAGAGUUUGUAAACGCUGGAGUCAUCUUGUAUUUGAUGACAGCCUUUGGAGACGGAUUGAUCUCUCUAGUAAGAGUUUUGCCUCCGGGAUUCUGGGGCAAAUUCUUCAGAGAGGCACUACAGCUGCCAAGCUAUCCCGGUGCGCCAUACAGGGACCAGUGUUUGAUGACGUCGUCACAGAAUUGCCGCUGAAAGUCACAAGACCAACUUCAAAUGCAGCCAAACAUUCAAAAAGCCAAGUUGAAUCGUCAUUGAAGCCUACCCUCCAUCUGCAAUACAUCGAUCUCACAGCAGCCGACACCAGACCAGAACAAUUGGUGGAGAUUCUCGACCGUUGCCCUGGCAACCAGAUCAAGAAACUGAGUCUGGAGAGUUGCACCGUGAGCGAUGACGUCAUGAAGUUGGUUGCUAAGCAUGGGCGGAGCCUAGAGGAACUCAACCUGUGUAUGGUUAGCGGCCUUAAAGAGGCGGGGCUAAAAGCAGUGCUGAAGAACUGCACAAAAUUACAGUCGUUAAAUCUUGGCUGGGCCAACCUGUCCCGUAAAGAGAUGGACGUCUUCGUGGAGAACGUGCCAAAGAGUCUGGAGAAACUCAACCUGAGUGGCUGCAGACAGAUGCUGAGAUCUGUGGAUGUUGUUUUACUGGCGUGUAGAUGCCCGACCAUGAAGGAGUUGGACCUUAGCGACGCCACAGCGAUCGAUUUUGCAGCCAUCGACAGCAUCACGGAACAAAUGACCCAACUACAGCAUAUUGCAUUGAGUCGUUGCUACAGCAUUCCCAGAUUAUCAUUCGUGCAACUUGGCUCCCUGAAGCAGCUACGAGCGAUUGAUGUCUUCGGCUUGGUGCAGGAAUCCGAGAUGCUGGAAUCUAUGAAGGAACUCCUUCCGGGAGUCAAGAUCAACAUCUAUCUCUUCUCGGCCAUCGCGAGACCAACGACCACCAAAAAACGCAGCAAUAUAUGGGAAAUUAUGUGCUACGAGUGAGUUUUUCUUUCAAAAAGUUAUCAACCACUUUCUUCCAUCUCGAGUAUUUGUCGUUUUGGAUUUGAAAACGCAGAUAGAAAAACUCUUGAAAAAGACUACUACAGUGCCUUAUAUCAGAUUUUAAAGAGGUUAUAUUGUAUGAAGUUAUUCAGUAAAUGAAGUGCGCCCUCUAAUGACAGGUUUCAGUUUAGUCCAUGGUGGGUCAAGUUUACAACAGAAUGGAUCUGAAAAAGGAUGUUUAUUAUGGAUCUCAAUGAGGAUUUGCCUGACAGGGUGAUUGAUAUCACCUGCUAAAGGAUGUGAUCUAGUCCUUUCUGCUGCAGUCUGGUUCCCAGACAGUAUAUGUAUGUACAACUAAAUGAGUGAACAUUUCACAUUAUUAACAGUGCCUUUCACAGAUAUGCAGACAUUUAUUUCGAACU